AUGGAUGGAGAUUGGGUCAGAGUUAGCAAAGCAGUUAAAGAAAUUGCAAUGGAACAUGUAGGAAAAAUAAAAUGUACUAAGAAAAGAUGGUAUAACGAAGAAUGCCGACAAGCAGUAGAAAGACGACGUAUAGUCCGAGAAAAAUUCAUCAGAGUAGACAGUAUAGACAGUAUAGACACAAGAGAGCUUUAUACCUUAGAGAGGAAAAACUGCAAACGAAUCAUGCAGAGAGAGAAGAGGAAGUAUCUCAAUGAAAUAUUAAAAGAAGCGGAGAAAAAUCACUCGCGGGGUAAGACUAGACAUAUUUUUAGGACGAUAAAACAGUACAAGUCUUUCAACUCAAGCCUGAAAAUCAUCAGAAAUUGUAAUAAUGAGCUAAUCAUGGAUCCUAAAGAAAGAGCGGCAAGAUGGAAAGAAUAUUUUAUUGAACUAUUAAAUGCAGACAUCGCAGACAAUACUACGAGAAGGGAAACACAUUAUGGAGCUGAUCCAAUGAUAAGUGAAGUGACCGAAGAAGAAACCUCAAGAAUUGGAAAUCGCCAGGAUCUGAUGGAAUACCAGGUGAGCUCAUUAAAUACGGUGGAAAAGAAAUGCAUUAUUUCAUGUUUAGAAUAUGUCGGAAGAUAUGGAAAGACGAACACUUGCCAACAACUUGGAAUGAAGCUAGGAAUAUCUCUUCUUAACUCAGCCUACAAAGUAUUUGCGAGGAUCCUUCUAAACCGGAUAACACCCUACGUGAAAGAAAACCUAGGAAGAUAUCAGUGUGGAUUCCGAAUGGGAGGAUCAACGAUCGAACAGCUGUCAGUUAUUAGCCAGCUAAUAGAAAAAAAGUACGAGUACCGCCAAAACAUCUGGCAAAUAUUUGUUGAUUUUAAAAAGACCUAUGACAGUGUACAUAGAGAAAGCCUGUAUAAUAUAAUGAAGGAGUUCGGAAUCCCAAAGAAAAUCGUAGCUUUGACGAAAAUGUGCAUGGAAGACACGGUGUACAGAGUAAGAGCUGAACAAACAAUGUCUGAAGCUUUCGAAGUUAGUACAGGAUUAAAAUAA